AGUCAGUGCUGGUAUGCCAGUGAUCCGGUUACCGCCGCCGUGACAUGCAGCUGGCCCUCAGCUUCGUCCCGUGGCCACAGCGGGCAUGGUCACCCCUUUCCUGGCUUGGUUCGUGCUAGGCAUCCCAUGCCCUGCUGCAGCAGUGAGCGAUGUUGCAAUAGGGAUUUACUAUUUACACACUGGAAGCAACUGGGCUUUGGUGGGCGCUGAAUCGCAGCACUGCUGUCUCCUCGCUCCCAUGGCUGGCUUGGCGUUUUCCAGUUGCGUGGGCGCCGAUGCCAACAUCACCGCCGGGCACAGCAUGGAGGGGCUCUCCUGCAGCGCGGCCGAGAGCUGCACGGGGAACGCGACGCAGCUGAGGCAGCAGGGUCACUUCUCCAGGUGCCCUGAGGAGUACAAGCACUACUGCGUCAAAGGCAGAUGCCGCUUCCUCGUGGCUGAGAAGGCGCCGGCUUGCGUGUGCGAGCCAGGCUACACGGGGGCUCGCUGCGAGAGGGUGGACAUCUUCUACCUGCGAGGUGACCGGGGACAGAUUGUGAUCAUCUCCUUGAUCGCCGCCAUCGUCACCCUCAUCAUCCUCAUCGUCUGCGCCUGCCUCUGCAGUCACCACUGUCGGAAGCAGCGUAGGAAGAGAAAGGCAGAAGAGAUGGAGACGUUAAACAAGAAUUUGCCUCCCAAAAGCGAGGACGUGCUGGAGACGGGCAUUGCGUGAAGGAGCUCCAGGUACCUGCAGGCGGGUCCGGGAUGGCGGCACCGGCUGGCUCGAUGGGCGAGGGCUAAAAUUGCCAACGGCUUGAAUAAAAGGGUGACGGAAAGGUG